CGUUGCGCCGCUGUCAGCGCUGCCGAAGAAGGGCGGAAUUGCGCUUGGCCGAGGGGCGUGGGCGUGGCGGAGGCUGACAAACGCGGCUGGGCGAGCAUGGACUCGCACGAGAAGAUUCGCGCGUCGCUCCCACGCCCGCUGCCUCGUCUCGCGCGCUGACCUUCAACUUUUGCCCCUCGCGCCUCCGUUGCUCUCUCCACCACCUCCUUCCCGGCCUGCCACCAUGCGCGCCACCUCGGCCCGCCAGCUCAAGCUGCAGCUCGUCGAGCGGCUGCGGCCCACCGACGUCGUGCCGUCGCGGCUGCUCAAGGCCGCCUCGGCCGCACAGGCCGCCGCCGCCGCUGCGGGCCCCACGGCGACGCCCGCGGCGCAGCGGGCGCCGCGCGAGCAGACGCUGGCGCAGCAGCUGCUCGCGCGCCAGGCCGCCCAGCCCGACACGUGGCCGGCGAACCUGCGCAUCGAGCCGCACACGCCCAGCAAGGAGCUCUACUGGAACGUCCCGGGCGAGCAGCGCGAGCAGCUGCGCAAGCUUCUGCGCGAGAAGUAGAGGCACAGCGACGGCGCGCACAGGAUGCAUGAGAGAUGUCAUUGCGGAAAUGUGGGCUCUGGGCGAUGCGAAUGGAGACAGGCGGGAAUGAGGUGGGCUGUGGUCGGGAAUGAGAGAGGGGAAUGGGUGGGUCCGGGAGAGGGAUCGCAGGGCGGCAUCAACGGGAGCUGGGAAUGGUAGGAGGAUGCAGUGUGGGGGCCAGGAGGGCUGUAGCGAGGAUGCUCGAAUGAAAUAGGCAGCGCACCAAGCGUGGCGCGAUGGAUAAGAG